CUCACCCGUUCUGCACUGCCAAGUUGCCAACGUACCAGGUGUACGUGGAGCUGAAUAAUAGGUAUUGCGUGCUACAUGUUCGACGUAAUAUCUCACUCAAUUAACCCAUUCUCAAUCCAAAAACAAAACGAAGACCAAAACGAAGAACCCAGAUCAAGACCACCCCGGGAAGAGAGAGAGAGAGAGGACAGGGGAGAUGUGGAGGCUCGUAACUUCACUUACCGCAUUGGUUUCUUCCAGCAAAUCAUCCAUUCUCAACCAGCCAGCAUCCACAUUGAAGAUUUGGAAAUCAUUGACCACAGAGACACCUAUCCUGGUGGCCCUGGUAGUGGGAAAGGUACACAAUGCGCAAAGAUUGUUGAGACUUUUGGAUUUAAACAUCUUAGUGCAGGAGAUCUGUUAAGGAGGGAAAUAGCUUGUAAUAGUAAAUAUGGCUCCACGAUUCUGAAUACAAUUAAAGAAGGACGAAUUGUUCCUUCAGAAGUGACGGUCAAACUGAUACAAAGGGAGAUGGAAUCAAGUGACAAUCACAAAUUUCUUAUUGAUGGCUUCCCACGAAGUGAGGAAAACCGCAUAGCAUUUGAACGAAUCAUGGGAGCAGAACCAAAUAUAGUCCUAUUCUUUGAUUGCCCGGAAGAAGAGAUGGUGAAACGAGUGCUAAGCCGUAAUCAGGGCCGAGUUGAUGAUAAUCUAGACACAAUGAAGAAACGUCUUAAAGUGUUUGAAGCAUGGAAUCUUCCUGUAAUCAAUUACUAUGCAGAGAAAGGAAAACUUCAUAAGAUCAGCGCAUUAGGAACAGAAGAUGAAAUAUUUGAACAAGUUCGCCCGCUUUUUGCUGCAUGUGAGCAGAUUAAUUCAAAGACCCUGCUGUUCCUUGAAGGACAAUGACUUGGAUUUUAUUCUGGAGCAGGUGAUUAAGUGAAAGUUAAUUGUGUGUGUCAAACAAAAGUACAAACGCGGGCAGUGCCGGGUUUUAGUUGGGAGUUCUGCCGCAAUUGGCUGAGAUGGCCAGAGGUUGGUUGGCUUGCUACAAGCCUUUCAAGGAAUGGGAAUUCUCAGCUUAAUUUGUCUGGGUAUUCAGUAGGAGGCAAACACAAAUCAGCCUAGAGGGUAAAUGUCCUUUAACUGUUAUUAUUUUGAUGGUAAUAUACACUGUUUAUGCUGCAAUAGAACUGUGCAGUGUUGCAGCUCGACUUCUCUAUUCUUAAAUCACACCCAACCCC